CUAAGUCAGGGUAGCGCAGCGUGACUGACUCAGGUCGAAGAAUCUAGACUCUUUUGUCACCUACUACUAGGAAUGGCUCUUCACGUUCCUAAAGCCCCGGGCUUUGCCCAGAUGCUAAAAGAUGGUGCCAAGCACUAUUCUGGACUUGAAGAAGCUGUUUUUCGUAACAUUGGAGCAUGCAAGGAAUUUGGACAAACUCUUCAAACAGCUUAUGGACCUCAGGGACGCAACAAGAUGAUCAUCAACCACAUUGAGAAGCUGUUCGUCACUAAUGAUGCUGCCACAAUCAUCAAAGAGCUUGAGAUAGAGCACCCUGCUGCAAAACUGCUGGUCCUGGCAACUGAGAUGCAAGAGCAAGAGGCUGGCGAUGGCACCAACUGGGUGGUCAUCAUGGGAUCGGCCAUGUUGGAGAAGGCUGAAGAACUCAUCAAGAUGGGCCUCACACCCACAGAUGUUGCUGAUGGCUAUCAGUUAGCAGUGGACAAGGCUCUCGAGAUCCUCGAGGAGCUUGAGUGCUGGAAGGUCACAGACAAUCGAGACCUGAGCCAGGUGCGCAAAGCUCUCCGCGGCACACUGAUGAGCAAACAAUAUGGCUACGAAGACUUCCUAGCAGAGCUCAUUGCCAGUGCCUGCAUCUCCAUCAUGCCUGAGCAGACAAGCUUCAAUGUCGACAACGUGAGGAUCUGCAAAAUUGGCGGCAGUGGCAUCACAUCGUCUUCUGUGGUCCAGGGCAUGGUGUUCAAGCGAGGUGUGGAAGGCAACGUGACUGAGAUGGAGAAGGCCAAGAUUGCCGUGUAUUCCUGCCCGUUCGACAUCACUACGACCGAGACAAAAGGAACUGUGCUCAUCAACACCGCCGUGCAGCUCGAGUCUUUCUCUCGCGGCGAGGAAGUCAACAUGGAGAAGCAGGUAAAAGCGUUGGCUGAUGCUGGCGUGACUGUGGUGGUGGCAGGAGGGAAGAUCGGUGACAUGGCCCUGCAUUACCUAAAUAAGUACAACAUGAUGGCUGUGCGCAUCACCUCUAAAUGGGACUUGCGGCGUCUCUGUAAGACCGUUGGGGCCGUUAUUCUUCCUAAGAUGUCGAUGCCUACACCUGAGGAGAUUGGUCUUUGCGACCGCGUUUUCCUUGAUGAGAUAAGUCUGGAGUUUAUCAGUUUUGUUGUAGUUUUAAAGCAAGAAGCCUCUGAGUCACGCAUCGUGACCGUCGUCAUCAGAGGCUCCACAGACAAUCUCAUGGACGACGUCGAGCGCGCCGUGGACGACGGUGUCAACACCUUCAAGGGGAUCUGCAGGGACGGUCGAUUCGUGGCGGGCGCAGGGAGCUGUGAGAUGGAACUCAGUCGCCGCAUUGAGGAGUACGGCAGGCAGUGCCCAGGACUCGAACAGUACGCCAUCAAGGCUUUUGCUGAGGCACUCAGAAAAUUCCCCAAAAUCCUCGCCGAGAAUUGCGGCGCCCCUGGUACUGAAACGGUCGCUAAUUUGUUAGCGAAGCACCAAGAAGGAGGACAUCAUUAUGGUUUCGACUGCAGCACGGGAUCAGCUAGCGUCUUCGAUGCUCAUGAAAAAGAAGUCUUUGACUUGAUGCGCACCAAAUACUGGGCGUUGAAGUAUGCGGCGUCUGCUGCGUGCCAGAUUCUCAGAGUGGAUCAAAUAAUCAUGGCCAAAAGGGCUGGAGGACCCAAGGCAAGAGCCCCGGGCCCUCAAGAUCCCGAUGAUGAAUAGAUUAAUUACAAAACGAAUCACAGGCGUCUUUAUUCCAUCUUAGUUGACUCCUCUUUUCCUUAUGCGUUUCCCUCAAAAUGUACUAAAUGGCUGAAAUUUCAUCCAAGAAUUAUCGAAGCAAACAGUGUUGUAAAUGCUUUAGUUACAGUAGGCGAAUCACAUUUUGUUGUCCAUUUUAUAUUCUUCACUAAAAACGGUUAGGCAUUUACUUUAAUUUGGCACUUUUUGUCCUGAUCUUGACUGUUGCAUCGUUAUUCUAAGUUCAGUGGAGUGCUGCAGUUAUUGAACAGGUCUUUUUUUCUGCGUGAGUUAUGACCUGACGCAACGCUCUUUGAGCGAGAAAAAAAAAACUCGAAAUUACUUUAGUCUCUGCUUUGCAGACUAACCCGAAUAAAACAUUCGCUCUGCCUCGAGUGCUCUCGAAAGAAUUAACGUUAAACUUUUCAAUUUUUUUUUACUUAUAACCACACUAACUUGUUGAGUAUUUCUAUGGAACUGUUGCUUGGCCUUUCCAUAUAUGUAACUGAUCUCCUUUAUCUUGACUUAGAUUGUCAAGAUGCCUGUCCCAUUAAUACAUUUUCUCACUAAUGUG